AUGCCUUCGCUGGACAAAUCCCGGGAGUCUGAUCCCCAGGAUCAGUAUCUGCAUUUCUCACCCUCAGCAGACGACCUCAACAACGCUGCUCUGCCUUCUCCUCCGUAUCGACGGGAUCCGAGCUCCUCGAAUCUACACUUGCACAACAUCCCCGGCCUUUCGCCGUACGCCAUCCACGACCAGGAAAGCCCCGCCUAUGCCUCGCGAUCCACCGUCAUGGUGAACGAAAAGUCCCACUUUGUGAACGAUGAGCCACCUCUGAAGCCCUCGGUCCAUUACCCAGAGGAUGUCAGAGCGCAGGCUCCGGUAUACUUCCGCGAGGAGUCGAUAGCCAUGCUGAGCUCCAGGCCUGCAUCGAUAGCCACUACCGACGACGAAUUUGACGAGGACGAGUUCGACUGGAGCGGCGACGAGGACCUUCGUGACCAGCAAGAAGACUACCAGCGACGGAUAGGGAAUAAGCCUAAAACGAAGGGGUGGGGAUUCAAGAGAAUCAUCACCUUCUUAUUCUCUUCCCUUAUCGGCUCGACAUUGCUGGCCGGUGUGCUUGUUGCACCUGCCCUGCUCGUACAUUUCUACUGGUACUUGCCAUCGCGGUCGGAACGGCGACAGUACAUCAAUCAGAACAUCCAGGCAUGGUUAUUCUGGGCGGCGGCGAACCUCCUCAUUUCGUGGUAUCUCGCGCUCCUGAUAGAUAUCCUACCUUCGAUAUCCACUGCACUCAUCUCUGGCGCAUGGGGACAUGUGUCGGAGAAGGUCAAGAGCAAAGUCGAGCUGUACAAUUCGGUGAAAAACACGGUAAAACCUUUGUUCUACGCAGCUAGUGCUUGGGCAAGCUGGGUGAUCAUAUUCGGGGGGAUAUACAAGCUCUAUAGCCAGGACGACCCAAGGAAUAGCAGGGCAUCGUACACAUACAGGGUCUCGCAGGUCGUGGCAUUUGGAUUCUUCUUCACUCUGAUGGUCUGCAUCCAGAGGAUGCUAUCGCACGCUAUCGCCUUUUCCUUCCACCGUACUGCCUAUCAGGAUCGUCUUGACGCAGUCCAAACCGCGCUCUCUGUCGUCGAGACUCUGCGAAACUAUCGUCCGAAACCGACACCCUCCUCGUCUGCACCCCGCUCUGGCACGCGCACGCCUGUGCUCGGUGCCCUGGGCAUGUCAACGCUUGGGUUCGGCGCACUAGGCUUCGGACGCAAAUCACGAAGGGAUACGGACGACGUACAAGAACAAUACAACACCAAGGCUUCGAAGCGAAGGAGCACUGCAGGCGAUGCGACUCAAUACGACGGAGACACAGAAGAGUGGGGCGACAAUGACGGUACAGUCGUUGGUACCAACGGCAAAAGCACGUAUGGGAAAGGCAAAUUCCGUCUUGGAAGUGUCCCUUUGGUCGAAUCGCCCGGCGUUGUUUCUGAGCAAGCUUCGCGGCCUGGUACACCUUCGGGGCUGAGAAACUCGACGAUUCCGUCCAGGGAAACCUCGCAAGCGGCUUUGAACUCGUAUUUCGCUUCGGCGCCUGAUGGGGGCGACUCGCCGCAUCGCUAUCCGCCGACGCCUCUGGGUAUGCCUGUUCCGAUGAAUGUUGGGAUUGGCUCACCGAGGGAGAGCGUGGAUUCUGGGCGGAAUGUGGCUGGAGCUGUGGAGGCUGUGACCGAGGCGGUCGAGAGGACGGCGAAGGUGAUUAAAUCUGCGGUAUUACAUGAUGCGAGAAAUAUUAGAGGGAAGGAGGGCGCGGAAGACGAGGCGGAUACGUUAGCCUGGUACGCGGCGAAUACGAAAGAGGCCAAGCGUCUCGCCCGCGCUAUCUACUUACGUUUCAAGGACCGGCGCAGGAAUUACCUCCUUCCAGAGGACUUCUACCCCGCAUUCCCUACCAGCGCCGAAGCCGAAGCCGCCUUCCGCGUCUUCGACAAGGACAACAACGGCGAUAUCUCCCGCGCCGAGAUCAAGUCUACGCUCGUCAAGGUCUACAAGGAGCGUCGCUUCCUCUCGCGGUCGAUGCGCGAUGUCGGCGCGGCGCUGAAGACGCUCGAUCACAUCUUGCUGUUCUUCGCGAUGGUGGUGCUACUGUUCAUCAGUCUCAGUGUGUUUGGCGUGGAGGUGGGCGAUUCGCUGACGAGCUUGUACUCGCUGGCGAUUGCGGCGAGCUUUGUGUUCAAGAAUGCGGCGAGCGAGGCAUUUGAUGCGAUCAUGUUCUUGUUUGUGACGCAUCCGUACGAUACGGGCGAUAGGGUGUUCAUUGGCGAGGAAAACUUGGUCGUCAAGAAGAUGGGCCUCUUUGCUACUGUCUUCGCUCGCUCGGAUGGGACGGAAACCUAUUAUUUCAACAGCCAGUUGUUCAGCCAGUUCAUCACCAAUGUUCGGCGCAGCGGGAAAACGUUUGAGAAUUUGACGAUGCAACUCGAGUGGCGGACGCCUCUGGUCAAACUUGAUGCACUGGAGAAGAGCUUGAACGAAUGGCUGGCAACGGAAGAAAAUAGGUGGUUCGAACCUAGUACUAGCGUCGUGCUGCAGCACAUCGAGUAUCAGCGCUUCUUGGAGGUGACUAUCGGUAUUGGACACAACGGGUAUGUGCAUCCUGGCCCCGCCGCGCCAUACUUUUGGACUUACAAACUGUGGAUUAUUAGGACAUGGCAGGAUUGGGGCCUGCGCAAUGCGAGAAAGACUGCGUUCCAUGCUGCGGUGAACUACUAUUGCAAGCAGCUCGGGAUCGUGUGCCAUGCCUCUCCUCUGCCGAUUUCGUUUAGUGACAUGCACACGGGUGCCGGCGACGAGAACGGACAGUAUCCGGACGAAGGUGCGAGUCCCGCUGGCGGAGGACGGCCAGCAGGAGAAGGACGGGAGGACGAGAGUGGUGUGUUUGAAGAGAGGAGAGGGUACGAGGAAGCUAUGGGGGUGCCUCCGUCGCGGGCCUCGGAGAGCCACGAGAAGAUGAAGCCGACGCUAGGAUUCCUGCCGCCGGAGUCGGCGAGGACGAGCCAUCUGAGGGCCAGGAAGAGCAAGAGCAAGAAGGCUAUGAUGAGAGGUGAUUAUUAG